AUGAAGGGGAGCUACGAAAUUGAACUUAAAAAUGAUGCAAAACCUUAUGCGAUAUCAGUUCCUCGACGGAUUCCAGUACCUCUUUGGGAAAAAACAAAGAAGGAGAUUGAAAAUAUGGUGAAUAUGGACGUUAUAACACCCGUUGAUCACGCUACUUCUUGGUGCGCACCUAUGGUCGUGGUGCCUAAGAAAGAUAGAACUCAGGUUCGAAUAUGUGUGGACCUUACUAUGCUUAAUAAGAAUGUGUUUCGACAAACUCAUCCUAUUUGGGGCAUUGAUUAUACGAUGGCUCGAAUAAAAGAUGCCAAAGUCUUUUCCAAACUGGAUGCCAACCAUGGGUUUUGGCAAAUAGCUCUUGCAGAAGAAUCUCAAGAUCUCACCACGUUUUUAACUCCUUGGGGCCGAUACAAAUUCAAAGUUCUUCCAUUUGGUAUCACAAGUGCUCCCGAGUAUUUCCAGAAACGAAUUCAAGAAACCUUAGGAUCUCAACGAAACUGUUUAGCUCACAUCGAUGACAUACUUGUAUGGGGUUCCAGUCAAGAGGAACAUGACUUGAUCUUAAAUGAAGUUUUAAAGAAACUCAGAAAUGCUGGAAUUACAUUGAAUAAAGACAAAUGUGUAUUUUCUCAGCCAGAAGUACAAUUCUUAGGACAUCACCUUUCAUCCCGAGGGGUUCAAAUCAGCCAUGAAAGAGUCAAAGCCAUUCUUGAGAUGAAACCUCCAUCUGAUAUAAAAGAAGUACAACGCUUCUUAGGAAUGAUAAAUUUUUGUGGUAAAUACAUACCAAAUCGAUCAGAAAUACUAAAACCAAUCCAUGAUCUACUUAAAGAGAAAAAUGAAUGGUUUUGGGGAGAACAACAACAGCAUGCGUUUGAAAGUAUAAAAAAACUUCUGACCUCAGCACCCCAACUAGCAUUUUACGACCCUCGCUUACCAACUCUUGUGUCAGCAGACGCUUCUUCUUAUGGUCUCGGCGGAUUGCUUCUUCAGAAACAUCAUGAUGGUAAAUUCAGACCUGUUUCUUACAUUUCAAGGUCACUUACAGAAGCUGAAAAAUCAUAUUCAAAUAUUGAACGUGAAGCCCUGGCAAUCACAUGGGCUUGUGACAAGCUCAGAGACUAUAUAAUUGGUCGAGAGAUUGUAAUUGAAACGGAUCACAAGCCACUUAUAAAAAUCUUAUCAUCUAAGAAUUUGGAUGACAUUACACCUCGCUUACAGCGAAUGAGGCUUCGCAUGAUGAGAUACUCAUAUUCAGUGACAUAUACGCCUGGAAAACACCUUGCACCAGCAGACUGUCUUUCAAGAUGCCCCAUUCCAAGCAAGGAAACAUAUGACAUGGAAGAAGAAAUUGAAGCUUUUGUUCAAAAUGUGGUUGAAAACAUACCUACGACUGAUGAAAACAUAAACAGGUUACGGGAAGCUCAGCAAGCAGAUCCCAUCUUCAGAAAGAUUGCAGUAUACUGUCAUACUGGAUGGCCAGAAAAAUCACAACUUCCAUCUCAACUAGUCCCCUACUUCUCGGUUAAAGAUGAGAUAUCACUGAUGGACAACUUACUUUUACGCAAUUCUAGAAUAAUAGUACCAUCAAGUCUUUGUCAAGAAAUGCUUCAUAGAAUACACGUCGGUCAUCUAGGAGCCACCAAAUGUCGAGAAAAGGCUAGAUUCAGUUUAUGGUGGCCAGGAAUGGCAUCAGAUAUAAAUAUGAUGGUAGCUUCAUGCCCAACAUGCAUCAAACACAGAGAAAAUCGAAAUGAGCCGCUCAUUCCUUCCGAGUUUCCAAAACGUCCAUGGGAAAAGGCAGCAAUGGAUUUGUUCAAGCUUAAUGGCAAAUGGUUCAUUGUUAUAACAGAUCAGUUCUCGAGAUAUUUUGAGAUUGCAACUCUACAAUCGCUCACUGCAUCUGAAGUUAUUGAGAAAUGCAAGUCAACGUUUUCUCGCCACGGUAUUCCUGAAGUUUUAUACUCAGAUAGUGGAACGCAGUUUGGCAUCACUAGUGCAGAAUUCAGAAAAUUUGCCAAAGAGUACAACUUUUUAUGCAAAACAAGCAGUCCUCAGUUUCAUCAGAGCAAUGGCUCAGCCGAAGCAGCUGUAAAAAUUGCAAAAGCUGUUCUAAAGAAGAACAAAGGAGAUCCAUAUAUAGCUUUGUUGUCUUACAGGAACUCUCCACUGGCCAACGGUUACAGUCCAGCACAGUUAUUAUACGGACGCAGACUACGGGACAAUUUGCCUACCUUACCAUGUCAUCUGGAGAACAAGCCAGACUUCAGUCAUCUCCGAGAGAAGGAGAAUCAUUAUAGACAAAAUUACAAACGAAAUUACGAUCGACGACAUGGUGCUCGACCCUUAUCAGAUAUGAACCCAGGAACCAAAGUUUGGAUAUCUGAUUUGAAACGUGAAGGACAAGUCGUAGAAAAGUUAAACUCACCACGAUCUUAUAAAGUACUGACGGACAAAGGAACCAUAGUUCGAAGAAACCGGUUUCACUUACAACCAAUGCCAAACAUUCAAAAGGAAAGUUACCACAACCAUCAAGCAUCAACAAAUAGUCAGAAGGAUCAUUGCCACAACCAUCAACCAUCAACAAGUAGUCAGAAGGAUCAUCGAUCUGAGGAAGACAACGGUAUGUGCUUAACAAACUUUUCAACAGAUAACCGUAACAGUCAACCAUUAACAAGAGGUCCGAUGGAUCAUCAUGAAGACAUGCCAAACUUUUCAACGGUUCCUCCAAACACCUCUGGAAUGUCUUCUGCUAACAUAACAACCCGAUCAAGACGACUUAUAAAACCUCCCCAGAAACUCAACCUUUAA